UUUGCCUCGAUAUUAAUGAGUGCGAUGAUGGUAGAAAUGGCGGCUGUGUUGAAAAUUCGCAAUGCGUCAAUACUAUGGGAUCUUUUACCUGUGGAGAAUGCAUUGAAGGUUUCGUUGGCAAUCAAACGUUCGGAUGUCAUCCUCAUCCAGGUAUGUGUCCCGAUGGAAUCGUUUGUGAUGGAAAUGCAGACUGUGAGCUACGAAGAGGUCUUUCGCAAUACCAAUGCAGGUGCAGAGUUGGAUGGGCUGGUGAUGGAAAGAUCUGUGGUCCUGAUCGAGAUCUUGAUGGAUGGCCUGACGUGGAACUGGCGUGUUCUGAUCCGAGAUGCAAAGCAGACAACUGCCCUGAUAUUCCGAACAGUGGUCAAGAAGAUGCAGACAGAGAUGGUAUUGGGGAUGCUUGUGAUGAAGAUGCAGAUAACGACGGAAUCGUCAAUAAUCCGGACAACUGUCCACUCGUCCCUAAUCCAAAUCAAGAAGAUAAUGACGUCGAUGGGCCAGACAGAUUAGGAGAUGUUUGCGAUAACUGUCCUACUGUGCCGAAUCCAGACCAGUUGGACUCUGAUGGAGAUGGUGUAGGUGACGCUUGUGAUGAUGACGGAGAUGACGACGGAAUUCCGACUGCAGUCGAUAAUUGUCCGCAUAUUGCCAAUGGUGAUCAACAGGAUUCCGAUGACGAUGGUGUUGGUGAUGCUUGUGACAACUGCCCUUCAGUUGCCAAUCCCUCUCAGGUAUGUUGGAUAUUCGAAUAUUUUAAUUAUAAACCUAGAAUGAGAUUUCCCCUUAAGGCUUCUUUCAGGCGAUUGUUUGUAGUCAUAAAGCUCGGCAGUUUAAGGCACAAAAGUCAUUAA